CAGCAGCAGCAUCAGCGGCGGUAUUAGUGUGACAGCUCGUAACAGCUGUUUAGGUGGAGAGAUGGACUGGCUCACACCUGAGAUGUGAAGUGUGUUAUGUGAGCCAAGGUGUUUUCCCACCUCGCUGGUGGUGGGGAGAGAUGCUGCACUCCGUUGCCAUGACAGCAGAAGUUCUCUUUGUUCUCGGGUUCCUGAUGAGCAGCGCUCAGAGUAAUCCCAUAGCGACCUUGCCGGCCAGCCGCGAGCGCCUGGAAAGGGUGCUGACCCAGGCCAGGGAGGACAAGCAUCAGGACGGGCAGAGCGUGGACGAGCCGCCGGGUUACGCGGCCCAGCGGCGGCCGGAGGACGUCGGCGCCCUCGGCUCCAACGGGACGGGGGCGGGCCGCGGCAGGCCCGGCGGCGGCUCCCAGCCGCGGGGAUCUAAAGGCGGGAAGUCGCAGGAGCUGUGGACGGAGCGGGACAGCGUGAAACAGAUCGACGAGGGCCCCACCAGCGACGUCACCCUCUCCCUGGACGCCAUCGACGAGUACGCGUACCCGGACUACCGGGGCAAGGGCUGCAUGGACGAGAGCGGCUUCGUGUUCGCCAUCGGCGAGCAGUUCACGCCGGGCCCCUCCACCUGUCCCUGCCUCUGCACAGACGAGGGCCCUCUGUGCGCCAAGCCGGAAUGUCCCAAGGUUCACCCCCGCUGCAUCAAGGUGGACACGAGCCAAUGCUGCCCGCAGUGCAAGGAGAAAAAGAACUACUGCGAGUUCAGGGGCAAGAUCUACGCCUCGCUCGAGGAGUUUAAGGUGUCUCCGUGUGAGAAAUGCCGGUGCGAGCCCAGCGGCGAGGUGCUGUGCUCGGUGUCGGCCUGCCCGCAGACGGAGUGCGUGGAUCCAGAGUACGAGCCGGACCAGUGCUGCCCCAUCUGCAAGAGCGGGCCGAAUUGCUACGCGGACACGGCAGUGAUCCCGGCCGGCCGCGAGGUGAAGAUUGACGAGUGCACGAUCUGCUACUGCACGUACGAGGAAGGCACAUGGCAGAUCGAGCGUCAGGCCACCUGCAGUAAGAACGAGUGCCAGCGGAGCUAGAGACUGCUGGCGAGGCGAGGCGAGGCGAGGCGAGGCGGGGAGACGUCGGCACGCAACACCAGCGCCGGUCCACAUGUACGCUGUCAGCCUUUCACCCAGUCCACCGGACGUCAGGGUCGGACUGCAGCCCUCCGGCAUUUCAGCAUUUAUACUGUAGUCACUCCUGUAUUACUGGAAAAGAAAA